AUGGUGAACACCAGGUCCGGAUCAGGAGUUGAUCAGCCACCAGUGCAACGUCAGAGGAGAGGCAACAACCAGCAACCCAACAACAUGAGUGGAGGCAACAACCAGAACAACGGGACACCGCCACCACCACCAGCAGGGAUGGAGCAGUUCCUUGCUGCGCAGACACAGCUGUUGACUCAAAUGGCCAACGCCAUGGCCAAUCUACAAGCUCAAGUGAACCAAGCUCCAGCUCCACAGCCGCCACAGAGAGAUCGCCACUGUGACUUCAUGAGUCACAGACCUCCUACUUUCUCCCACUCACCAGAUUCUCUUCACGCCGAUGACUGGCUCAAGACCAUUGAGAAAAUGCUGAACAUAGUUCAAUGUACAGACAGAGAGAAAGUACUGUAUGCCUCAGGUAGAUUGGAAGGAACUGUCGCAGACUGGUGGGAUGCUUAUACCGCCGCCCAUGCUGAUCAAAACACCAUCACCUGGGAAGAGUUCAGGACUCAAUUCAGGGAGCACCACAUACCUGAGGGUUUGAUGAAGCUGAAGAGGCAGGAAUUUCUAGCUCUGAAGCAAGGUGGAAUGUCCGUAAGUGAGUAUCGGGACAAGUUCAUCCAGCUGUCCCGCUAUGCCUCCGCAGACGUGGCCACAGAUGGGCGGAAGCAGGACUACUUCAGGCUAGGGUUGGUUGCACCCAUCAGAUAUCAGUUGUUGGUGCACAGGUUUGAAAGCUUCCAGAAACUGGUAGACAAUGCCAUCUCCAUGGAGAAUGCUCGCAAGGAGAUGGGCGAGCAGAAGCGGAAGUUCGAGUCACAAGGCCAGUCUAGCAACUCGCGCCCGCGCUUUGGACCCCCACAAGGAAACCAGAUUUUCCCAAGAGGACAGAGUGCCAACUUUGGGCAGAAUCAGUAUCAGUACCCGCGCCAAGUUCAGCAGAAUCAACAGAAUCAGCAGUCGGCGCAAUGCUUCAACCCCCAGCAGAACCGUCAGAACACUCAUGUCGGUACUCCCGUGAGGAACAACAACACCGCCCCUACUGGGUCCACCGUGUGUUUCAAGUGUGGUGGACAUGGUCACUAUGCGAACCGUUGUCCCAAUCCUACUCAGAACACUCCUACUCAGAACAACGCCAGCGGACAGAGGCAGACUCCGCAGCAGCAGCCCAGGAACAACAAUCAGAUCCCGCAGAGCAACAGAGGACAGCAGAACUACGUCCACGGUAGGGUCAACCACGUGGCUGCAGGACACCGCUCAGGAGGCUCAGGACGCUGUAUUCGAGAGUUUGAUGCAAGACCUAUAGUUCUGGAUUCGGAUGGAAUUGAUGUUAUCCUUGGGAUGGACUGGUUAACCAAGCACGAUGCUGUCAUUCAAUGUGCCAAGAGAUCAGUGCUCCUUACCAGCCCAGCAGGAGAGAGGUUUGAGUUUGUUGCAACCUCUCCAACACCAGCAGAUUGUACAGUGAAUCAGAUGAAGGCUGCUCUGAUAGAGGACAUCAGGAUAGCAUGCGAGUACUCAGAUGUGUUCCCCGAUGACUUGCCAGGCAUGCCACCUGAAUGUGACAUUGAGUUCAUUAUAGAUCUUUUACCUAGUACUGCACCUAUUGCUAAGAGACCAUAUAGGAUGUCCGCUGGUGAACUAGAAGAACUUAAGAAACAACUAAAGGAAUUGUUAGAUAAGAAAUUUAUUCGAGCUAGUUCGUCACCAUGGGGAGCCCCAGUGAUCUUUGUGGACAAGAAGGAUGGUACACAGAGGAUGUGUGUGGACUACAGGUCAUUAAAUGAAGUUACUACCAAGAACAAGUAUAUGUUGCCUCGUAUAGAAGAUUUGUUUGACCAGCUGAGAGGAGCCAAGGUAUUCUCCAAGAUCGAUCUGAGGUCUGGGUAUCACCAGUUGAGGAUACGACCGUCGGAUAUUCCCAAGACUGUUUUCACUACCAGAUAUGGGUUGUAUGAAUAUACGGUUAUGUCAUUCGGGUUGACCAUUGCACCAGCUUACUUUAUGUACUUGAUGAAUAAGGUGUUUAUGGAGUAUCUCGACAAGUUCGUAGUGGUGUUCAUUGAUGAUAUAUUGGUGUACUCCAAGAAUGAGGAAGAACAUGAGGAACAUUUGAGGCUUGUCUUGCAGAAGCUCAGGGAGAAUCAGUUGUGUCAGAUCUACACAGAUCACAAGAGUCUGAAGUACAUAUUCACUCAGAAUGACCUCAACCUGAGACAGAGAAGAUGGUUAGAGCUCAUAAAGGAUUAUGAUUUGGAGAUACACUAUCACCCCGGAAAGGCUAAUGUGGUUGCUGAUGCUUUGAGCCGCAAGAGCCAUGUAAAUGCAAUGAGAGUCAGCCAGAUGCCUCAGGAAUUGUGUUGGGAGUUUGAGAAACUCAACCUUGGUUUUGUUGGUCACACUGAGGGAAUCACUAUAGAAGUCGAGCCGACUCUUGAGCAAGAGAUACGGAAGGGUCAGCUUGAGGAUGAUAAGAUCAAGGAGAUCAAGGAGCUGAUAAAAAGAGGCAAGGUACCUGAUUUUACUGAGGAUGAACAUGGAACCGUGUGGUUCAGAAAGAGGAUAUGUGUGCCAGAGGUGGACCAUCUGCGAGAAAAGAUCCUAAAGGAAGCCCAUGAUUCAGCCUAUUCGAUUCACCCAGGCAGUACCAAGAUGUACAAGGACUUGAAAGAAAGAUAUUGGUAG